CACGGUCACAUCGAGUCCAUCCCGAACUCGACAACCCGUCCCGGUCGGCCAAGCCCGGUCCACAAAUCCACCAGCGCCCGCGAACUGCCAAGCCACGGACCCCGACCAUUCAAUCUAAGCGAGGCCAUCCGAACCCAAACACGCGACAUCCACACAAACUACUCAGUAAACAACAAACGCAACGAGGAGGGAGGAGGGGGCCAUCAAUCCAUGAACCCCAACCCAAUCGCAGAAUGGCGCCCAUUUCCAUCCCCACCACCGCGCGACUGCCGUCCUCCUUACGCGUUGACCCCUCCAACCCAGCCGUCUUCAAGAUCCUCAAUCGGCUGUCGCGCGCUUCACUCCUCACCCUCGCACUCGACUGGCUCGACGAGCGCAAUCUCGCCCUAGCGGCUCCCUACCUCCGCCCACCCUCCUCCUCCGAGUACGACGACGACGAAGACGAUGACGAAGAUGAAUAUGCUGACGACUUCCACCCACCCGCGCGCUCGCUCGAAGCAUUGCAGGAGCUCUACACAACUUUACAAUCGCGCAAGGGAUCUAAGCGGGAGGUGAUUGACAGGAUUAUGGAGGGGGAUUGGCGCCAUGGUCUGACGCUGUAUCAGCUUGCUAUGGCAGAUAUUCAGUACCUUUAUGAUCACCCCACGUCACAGAAGUGGGCAGCAUAUCGCAUUAUGCCCUUGAAACCAUUAUCCACGAACGAAGAAGAGGAGGACCAACAGCCGGAAGUCGACAAAGAAUCGCUCGUUAUCCCGCGGUUUCACCCUUCUACGUUUCUCAAGAACCUCCAAGCCCAGGUACCGCCGGACGUCAAGGCGCAUUACAACUUUGACCGCCACCGGACUUUACCUCUGUCGAUCCUGCGCAUUUUCAUCCUCGACUCCCCUUACAACACCAGCCUCGGUCUCCAGUCCGGCUCCUCCAAAACCAGCCGUAAAGCAGCAACAACCACCUUUGACACCUCCCGCACCGUCUACAUUGCCUUUCCCGACGCCUCUCCCUACAUCUACAUCUCCAAACCCCAACUCCUCUCCGGCUCCGCCCCUGCCGCCGGCCCUUCCUCGGCAGCCACAAAGACGACAGGGAUCAACACCACAGCCGGCGAAGCCAAAUCCCUCCAGCACUUGCUGCUAGUUGGCAUCCCCGCCGCUUUGUCCCGUCCCCGCCAACGCUUCUGCUUGAAGCCAACCAGCUUAGCGACGCGCAACCUCAACGAGCUUCUGGACCGCCGCGGCGGCGCAAAUACCAGGCAAGGAGCAGCGGGCGGGGGUUGGAGUAUCUACGCUGAUGAGAUGCGCGACAAGGGAAAGGGGAAAAGAGGCAACAGGGAGACGCCGCUUGAUACGGUGCUUCCUUCGCCUCCGCUUUCUGAAGAGGAGGAGGGGGAGGGUGACAAGGAGGAACAUAAUUCAGCUGCUGGGAGAAAGAAGAAGAGGUUGGACCCGCCGUCGUUGUCGGCUGGCGCAAAGAGGGAAGAGAGAGAACAGAAAAGGAGAAAGCUAGUGGCGAAAGCGAGGUUCGCCGAGACUGCACGCGUGGGAGACGGGAAAGGUGUGGAGAGGGUGGAUAUCAUUCUCGAAGACGAGUUUCCUUCUUCUUCCACCCAUUCUUCUUCCUCUUCUUCAUCAUCAUCAUCUUCUUCUUCCUCUUCGUCGUCCCGAGAAAGAGACAGAGAAAGAGAAAGAGACAGGGACAGGGACAGAGAAAAAGAAAGAGGAAGAGAAAACGAACGAGACAGAGAAAGAGACAAAGAACGAGACAAAGAUACCCCCGGUGAUAGGAGGUCUGGGUCCAGUAGCUCUAAUGGCACAGCAGCAGAAGCGGCCGGGAAAGAAAGAGAGGAAUGGCGACCAAACGUCAAACUAACCUUCCACGGCUCGCACGUUUUUGCGGGCAUCAGACAGCUGGUUGAGGCGGGAAUUGUGGAUGGAGAGAGAAUGCCGGGGUGGUUGACUGGGGAAGAGGGCGUUACUGUUGGAAAGGUUAGGGAGGGGAGGAUUAGGGGGAAUAAGGGGAGUGGACUUUGAGGUAAGAGAGGAGGAGGGGAAGACUGAGGACGGAGUCUAGGUAAAAGGAGGGUUAGGGUUAUGAAAAGGGGGUUUAUGUUAUACUACAUCAUGUGUCCGGGUACAGUAGCAGUAGCAAGUGGCGUUUGGCGUUGGGAAUAGCAUCCUGUCCUUCAUUACAGAACUAGCAUCCGCAAAGUGGGAGGCAGCGUCUAUGGUAUUGUACGGUUUUUUUUUUUUUUUAUCAACUAGGGACAUGGUUACCUGCCAUUUCAAAUCAUGAUAGGUUUAUCGUCGAAAUAUGACCUUCUUUUCGGGC